GUUUCCGUAACAGUGUAACCUUUUAUAUGGCUACGAAGGCAUCCAAAAAUGACGACCAGUUCAACUCUUAGCAAUUAUUAUGUGGACUCUAUAAUGGGACACGAGACGGAAGACGUGUACGGAACGCGCUACGUCCAGAGCUCGCACCCCGUGUCCGCCAGGCCGUCAGGUGUUGGGGAAAAUGUUGAUUUCUCCUCCUGCAGCUUUGCUCCCAAGACAGCCGUGUUCCCCACGUCCUGGUCCUCGGUCCAUCCGCCAUCCACGGCCACAGUCUCCGGCAUUUACCACCCCUACGUCCAUCAGUCGCACAUCGCCUGUACAGACAGCAGAUACGUGCGCUCCUGGGUCGAUCCAAUCUCCAGCCAUGUCUCUUUUUCCGGUUUCCACGCGAGCAGUCGGCCGUGCGGGACAAAGGCUGAAAGUUUGCCGUCGAAAAGAACCGAGAGCUCGAUGUUCGAAGCGGAGGCUCCCGGAGCCCCCGACUACAGCAGCGGCGCCGCGUCCGAGUGCACGGAGAAAGCCAGCAAAGAAACCGCUGGCAAUGAUACUGCGAAUCAAAGCGAGCCCAAAGACGAAAAACAACAACAACUUGACCCAAGCAACCCUGCAGCAAACUGGAUCCACGCACGUUCAACGAGAAAGAAACGCUGUCCCUACACAAAAUACCAGACUCUGGAACUGGAGAAGGAAUUCCUUUACAACAUGUAUUUGACGAGAGAUCGCCGUUACGAAGUUGCACGAAUUCUGAAUUUGACCGAGAGGCAGGUUAAAAUCUGGUUCCAGAACAGAAGAAUGAAAAUGAAGAAGAUGAACAGGGAGAGGGGCAGUAAAGACCCUCAGUGAACAACAAUGUGUGCGAGCUGCUCGCCUCGCUAAGUGUCCUCUCUGUAUAUGUGUAAUAUGUUCUGUUUAGAUCCAAGAUAUUAGGGCUUUUUAGUGUGUAUUUUUGUCAAAGUAGUUCAUAAAAGUACACUGAGUGAUCUUAGACUGGAGGCGUAGCCUAAACGAGUCUUAAAAUUAUUCUAAUUUGUGUUCUUGAAACAUCUGUUCAGGAUUAUUUCGGUCCAGAGCAUUUCACUCUUUAAGCAACUGUGCACGCGGGCAAUUCGCAUGCGAUAAUCAUGGUAGAUAUCAUUUAGACAUUUGGCGGUUAAAGCCUAAUUUAUCUGAACAGUGCAGAGGAAGGGGCAGCAUUGGCUGUAUUGGAGCUCAGAGGUUGGAGAACAGCACUUACUCCCUCCUUGUGCACACCCUACAUAUAGUAUUAAUGAAGUAGGCCACGCUACCUUUGGGCCUGUCUUUCUCUUGAAAUUUGAAGUCAAUUUUAUAGACUUAUCAGGUUGCUGUUCGAGUUGUUUAGGGUCUAAACGUCGUUGGGUAAAAGUCUAAGAUACAAGGCCCGCUGUUCUUAGCAUUAAAUUUAGAUCUUUGUUCGCAGACAUGAAGAAUUUUUUUGCAACACUACAUGGCAUCAUAAAUGCAUUUAUCAAUAACUACGAAA